ACAGGGUGUGGGUGUGAGAGAGGAGGUGAGGAUGGCAGUCAGAUAUCCCAGUGGGUGGCCUGGAUAACUAACUGGCAGGAUGGUGUUGACAUGGAAGGAGCAGGUCUGGGGAGGAAGGGGGAGGAGUAAGUAGUGCCUGGCAUUUAGAGUGUUCUCUCCGGCCGUGUGCAGUGAUUUCUUGCCUCUGCCCCUUUGUACAUGCUGGUCCCUUUCCCAGCUGUCGGGGGAGCUUCAGCUCCCUUUUCAUGGAUCCCUUCUGUGAAUCUGUCACAUCACUGUGUCUAAUCCCCGGCCUAUCCCUCUCUCUGCCUUAUGCACACACCAGACCUCAGAGCGUUUACCCUGGCGUUCCUCAGGAGGGUUAACCGAGUGUCAUCACUCUCCGAAGUCCCACUAGUUAGCAGAGUGCCUCACGACAUAGCUCAUGAGUGACUGACGGGACCUGGUUGGAAUCCUGGCUCUGCUAUUUACAGGUGCUGCGACCUGGUCGUUCAUCUUGCCUCCGUGGGUCCGAGUUUCUGCCUCGGUUAAAUGGGUGUCAGCUUCCCCUGCCUGCCCCGGAGGAUUUGCUGAGGACGGGUCCUCCGGGAAGAUCCUAAAUUCCUUCAGACAGGAAAGGGGUUGGAAAAAAAAAAAAAAGUUAGCCCGCCCCCUGCCGGAAGAAGACACACGCCUCGGCCUCGCUGCCUCUCCCACCCCCUCUCCGCCCGGGAAGAAGCGACGGGUCGCGGAGGGGUGCGGGGCGGGAGCCACCGACAAGCCAGCGCUCCCAAUGCGCAGGACGCUCAUUUUCCCAGUUAAUCCUCACCACGCUUCUGCGAAAGGACUUAGAUAGGGCCUCUUUUUCAAUUUUACUGGUUGUCACUCCCUUUUUAAAGAGAAGAAACAACUCAGGAAGAAAAGGAGCAAAGGAAACUGGGUCGUAGGGGGAAAAGAAAAAGUGGGAGGAGUUGAGUGGACGGUCACCGGGAGGCCUCUCCCGAAGGGCCAAGGACCAGAUCGGCUCAGCAGCCGAUUCAGCCUGGGGAACCCGUGGCCAGUUCCUGGCCCUUCCGCGUCUCAGUUUCCUCGACUGUGAAAUGGGGAUGGACACCCCCUUCGCGCUCGUUUCUGGGCUGCGGGACGAAGGCGAGACAUGGAGGGUGAGAGAGCGCCUUGCGGAGGGGGUGGCGAAGGCCGCCAGGGGGCGCGAGAGGCCCCGGGCUGGACCCGCCGGCGCAGCUCCAUUCGCGCCCCCCGCCCGGGAGUCUCCCCUGCUCGCCCCGUGGGGAGGCCACGACGCUUCCGGCCUCGGUCUCUUUUACUGGGAGGGGACCAGCUCUGUGACCCCGGACUUGACGCUUCCCUUUCCCUGAGCUUUUAUGAUAGGAGCGGCUGUUGAGAAGAUCCUGUCCUGUUGCUACUCACAAAUUAUAAAGCACCUUCUCCUCCAUUUAUGUUACUUCUCUCUUCAAUACCUGGGAGGUGGCCUAAUUCCAUAUGUGAUGAAACUCAGGCCCAGAAGGAGCCACCUGCCUAAGUUCACCCUAGCCACUAGGACAUGGCUCCCGGUAACUCUCAGCCCUGCUCUGUCCCCACAGCUGCCUUUUACUGUGAAGGUCUCCUGAACAAUGUUACAUGGGACCUCCUCUGCAAACUAAGUGCAGCCCUGACAGAUCUGAGGGUUGGUGAAUGAAGGAGAAACCACUGCUGGAAAAAGUGUCUGCAGGAAGGAAUACCAGGCAGAGGGUAUGGUGUGAGCCCAAGCGUGUUAGCAACGAGUGCUGGGGGAAAAGGAGGCGACAACAAACAGGAAAGUCUCCAAACCUAGCAAUAGUCAGGAAUAGUCAGGAAGCCAGAUGACAGCCUUACCCUUCACAGCAAUUUAGCCCUGUAAGAACUACAAGCCUAUGUACUGAUGGUCAUUAUUUUCCUGUAAUCCUGUAAGGGAAUCUGAUUUUUCCCAUAACCUUCUCCCCAGGACUUAAAUUCCACCAUUAACGCCAUUCUUAGGAUUAGGUUAGGAGGACAGUCAUUCACACCAUGCGGGAGCAUUAACUCACCAGAGCCUUUCCACGGGACAGCUCAUUGCUAGCAGGUCUUGAAGGAAUGCAGGGUGAGAAGGGGACAGAGGAACCCAGGGAGGUCAGGCUUGGGGGCAGCUGCAGUCCUGGGAGGUGCUGUUAUUAUCCCUUUUUCACAGAGGAGGGAACCAAACACAGGGAGGUAAUUUAAUAAAGACCUUGGUGGAGGAGCCAGGACCAAACAUGGGCAGUCUGCUGCCAGAGCCGCACUUUUAACCCUCAUGUUACUGUUAGGUGGUGGUGCAGUGGCCAGGUGGAUGGCCUCUGGGGCCAGAUGAUCUGGGUUCGAAUCCCAGUUUUGAUGUUUUACUAGCUGUGUGACCUUGAGUAAGUUACAUGUCUGUGUCUUUGUCUGUAAAGAGGAGGUAGUUGUAUCUAUCUCAAGGGGUUUGCUUUAAAUGAACUAAUACCUGUAACACGUUUAGAACAGCGCCAUGCAUGAGGUAAUCAUCUGAUAGAUAUGAGUUAUUCCUGAACCCUAGAUGGAAACAUGACCUCAAAGAGUCUAGAAUUCUUCAGAAUUGUAGACUGCCAGCCUAUGGGAUCCUGGAAUCCUCCAGUGGCAUGCUAACAUCUUUUGGCUGCAGAGUUGUACCUAGCUUCCCUUGACUGGAAGGUCUACCCAGCUCAGUCCCACACUAGGUAAUGAGGUGAUGUCAAAGUCUCGGCUUGGAGCCCAGCCCCGGUCCCCUCCCAUUCACCCUUCCCUGCACCCUCCCUCCCUCAGAUUCUCUCUCUCUCUCUCUCUCUCACACACACACACACACACAUACGCACACACACUCCCAACCAGGCCCAGAGGGAAGGUGAGCGGGCAAGGAGUGAAGGUGGGUGGGUGGGCACACGGGUCCAUUGGAGCGUGCCGCCUCCAGCCUUGUUGAACAGUGGGCCGGGGGACUGGAGCUGGACUCGAGGGGACCUGCCCUCCCUUCACCUUGAAGCCUCAAUUUGCAGUGAUCCCGCACUCCAUCCCUCCCUGUGUGAGCGUGUGUGUUUAGGUUGGUUGUUGGCACCUCCUUGCGAGGGGUGCGCACGUGGGGACUGGGCCAGGCCACCGCCAUGGCUGAGGAGAAGACCUUCCGCAUCGGCUUCAUCGUGCUGGGGCUCUUCCUGCUGGCCCUUGGCACGUUCCUCAUGAGCCAUGACCGGCCCCAGGUCUACGGCACCUUCUACGCCAUGGGCGCCGUCAUGGUGAUUGGGGGCACCAUCUGGAGCAUGUGCCAGUGCUACCCCAAGAUCACCUUUGUGCCUGCUGAUGAGGACUUCCAAGGCGUCCUGUCCCCGAAGGCACUGGGCCUGUUGGAGAGCGGGUACACCGCCGAGGUAAAGGGCCCCCAGCCUCCGUACAUCAGGCUGUGGGAGGAAGCCGCCUACGAUCAGAGCCUGCCCGACUUCAGCCACAUCCAGAUGAAGGCCAUGGGCGGUGCUGAGGACCCCCGCCCUCUGCUGGCCCCUGAGCUGGGGCAGCCACAACCCGGAGCCGGUGAUGGAGGAGCAGGUGGUCCUCUAGCCCCAAAGGCCUGGCUGGAGGCCGCCGUGGUGGUCCACCGGGGCUCGGACAAGGAUGAGGGAGAAAGAAACCCCACUCAGAGCAGGCCCAGCCCUCCAGCCUGUCCCUCGGGCACUGCACCCUUGGCCUCCUUCCAAGAUGACCUGGAUGUGGGCUCCAGCGAGGGCAGCAGCCCCCAGCCAUCUCCACCCAAUGGGAAGGAGCUUGGCCGGCCACCGCUUGAUCCCUGGGCCUGCAAGUGCCAGCAGGACCGCUACCACGACUUCGCUCUGAUUGAUGCCCCCAUGCCAGAGGACAUGCCCCCAGAUGGGCAGCGGGGGGCAGCCCUGCCCAGCUGCUGGCAGCAGUGUCUGAGGAUGGAGGAGGGGGAGGCCUUGGACAUGGGUGCGAAGGAGCCUGAGGAGGAAGAGGAAGAUCUGUACUAUGGGCUGCCCGAUGGGCCCGGGGACCCCCUCCCGGACAAGGAACUGGGCUUUGAGCUCGAUGCCCAGGGCUGAGGUGGACCUCCUCCCUGGGUUCUCGCCUGGCACGCCUGCUACCUGCCAUGAGACAUCACAGGGCCUCAGUUUCCCUGUUUGCCCAAUGGGGUUAUAUAGAGGUUCAAACGAGACUGUGGGCCUGAGAGCAUUUUCGAGAACCAUAAAGAAGUCCACGAGGGAGGGCUGACUGGGAUCAACCAUUGCCGCUCCAAUUGUUAGUUUUCUUUGGCAAAGCUUUGGAGGUACAAUAUGAUUCCUAGAGAAGAUUUGCAGCAGCUGGGGCUCUUGAGGGCCUUUCCCGCCUCCCCCCAAAGCUGGACUCCAACAGAGACCCUCCAUGCUGCUCCCCUGGGUUCCCCAUCCUUUGCGAAGGCCUCUCAGGGUCCCUGUUCCUUGUUGAAUCGUUCAGUCCACCUGGUGGAGGGCAUGAUCCUGCUUCACUCAGAGCUAACCCCAUCUCCUCCCUGUUCACAUCCCUCUUGGGGCUAUCCUUUGCUGAGACUCAAAAGCCUUCAUGGCUGGCUACUGCUGACCUCCCUGACUUUACCCCUGGUCACCCCACCUCACGCUCUCUGCUCCUCGAGUCCAAGCCUAUGCCCCACUCCCCGCUGUUCCAUGCCCGUGCCCAGGCUGUCCCCUCCACCAGGGUGCCCUUUCCUCCCUUGGCUGCCUGACACCCCUCAACCCCCUGCAUAGGUCCCCUCUCUGGGAGCUUCCCCUAGUGUCACUGCCUCCUUGCUCCUCUGUGCCACCUCUGGGCCUUGUACAUUUAUCGCUGGUGCCUCACUCUCUGCCUGCUGCUGGAGGAUAGCAUCUUGGCUUUACUCACCUCAUGGUCUCCCGUGCCCAGCUUGGGGCCUGGCCUAGGUAGGUGGUUAUUAGGGGUGUAUGAAAUAGACCAGGCCCCAGGAAACUUUCACAGAUAGCACCCCCACUCCACCUCCCUAACUCUUAGACUCACAGCCCCUUUAUUCUCUCGCAUUCAAACCUCCAAAAGGCCUGGGAAACAGUGGUCACAAAGCUAGCUCCCCCAUCCCACAUGACCAUCCCUCCAGGACACAUCUGCAUUGGUUUCGUAUUGUGGGGGAAAUUAAGCUUCCUAUCUGAAUGCAAUUAGGUUUGUGUGGCACUUACAGAGAAUUUACUAUGUACCAGAUACUAGGCUUGGGUGUCUGGGGGGAAAGAGAGAUGAUUUGAUAUAGUUCUUGCCCUCAAAGGGCUCACCAUCUAGUGAGCUUGGUCUGUUGUACAUUAGGGAUGGAGCGAGUUGCAGGGCAGAAGCUGAGGUGGGAGUGGAGAAGUUAAAAAUGGACAUGCUAGAGGCAGCAGAGUGGCAACCACACAACCUCCUGGGGCCAUCGUGUGCAGGGACAGAUAGCUCAGGCUGUCUCAGCAAACCCCAAAGCCAUCCCUGUGUCGUAGCCUCAAAGAGGAAAGCCAGUGUGUGUGCUAGUGAUGGCAAAGCCCCCAGGACAAGGACGGUGGCAGCUGUGGAGACAGGAAGGGACAGUGACACUACCUCAAACCAGGGCCACACGCACAGAGCUUGCACCCUGGGUCAACUGGGAGUGGGAGAACGUCACCUGGGUUGGCUUCUGGGUCGGAGAUGGGGCUGGGGGUCCUGGCCAAGGGCCAGGGGUCCCCUUCCGUGUUCGUUUGGAAACUCAGCCCCUGGAACACAGGCCCUCUUCCUUCUGGAUCAUUUCCGCCUCCGGUCUUAAGGCCCCUGUGAUGCACAGUGCCAUGGGGUCCAUCCCUUCUGCUGCUGUGAUGUAGUGAUAGACAUCCCUGCUCAUGGCCCCGAGUCACCGGACAACGUGAGGGGCAGUGUGUUCACCACUUUGUUUACCAAGGCAGGGAAGUGUGUGAGCCGCCUCAGAAAGAGUGCCAACACGAACAGCUAAAAUAAAAAGAAUUUUUGACAUUUAAA